CGACAUUCUGACUUCUCCCCUUUCAUUUUGCUGCUUUGUUAUUCAACCGUGAGUUUGUUUUUUAAUCACACAAACCAGACACUAAAGAAGACUCACUCCUUACCCUUUCAUAUGAUGUACUGGAAAUUUGCCGCGGCCUCCUGUUUUCACAAAAUGAUGGUCGUCUUGUCCAAUCACGUCUCAAGUAGAGGCUUGUCCCCGCCUGUUUCUGGCUCUUGAAACUCCCUGGACUAAUCAGCGCUCGCCUCCGUGUGUUCAGCCAUUUUGUAAGAAAAUCAAGCAAGUCUGCCGCCCUACCUUCGCUUCAGACCUGCAGUUUUUUUCUUGUGCAAUGGACGGCCGCCUAGACACUGACUUGUACCCUCUGGGAUCCGGCUACGUCCCUGAGAUUGACAGUGUCCAUGACAUAUCAGUUGGCACAAAGAGGGGAUCCGACGAACUCUUUUCUUCCUGCAUAUCCAACGGGCCCUAUAUCAUGAACGCAGCCAAUGGCAACGACAGCAAAAAAUUCAAAAGUGACGCCCGCAGUCCCGGUGUUCCAUCACGCGUGGUCCACGUCCGCAAGCUGCCCAGCGACAUAAAUGAAGCUGAGGUUAUUGGACUGGGACUGCCCUUUGGGAAGGUCACUAAUCUGCUGAUGCUGAAGGGGAAAAACCAGGCGUUCUUGGAACUGAACAGCGAGGAGUGUGCACAGACCAUGGUGAGCUAUUACUCCUCAGUCACCCCUGUCAUCAGAAACCACCCCAUCUACAUGCAGUACUCGACCCACAAGGAGCUCAAGACAGACAACUCCCCAAACCAAGUGCGUGCCCAGGCAGCCCUGCAGGCAGUCAACGCACUGCACGGAGGUGGAAUGGGAGGCAUGGCCAUCGCUGCAGAUGCAAGCAGCCUCGCUGGAGCAGUGUCCACAAGCCCUGUCCUCAGAGUGAUCGUGGAAAACCUCUUCUACCCUGUCACCCUGGAUGUACUACACCAGAUUUUCUCAAAGUUCGGCACUGUCCUGAAGAUCAUCACCUUCACUAAGAAUAACCAGUUCCAGGCUCUGAUCCAGUACGCCGAUGGCAUGACAGCUCAGCACGCCAAACUGUCUCUGGAUGGGCAGAACAUCUACAAUGCCUGCUGCACCCUGAGAAUCAGCUUCUCGAAGCUCACCAGCCUCAACGUCAAAUACAAUAACGACAAGAGCAGGGAUUACACCAGACCGGACCUCCCCACUGCAGAUUCACAGCCCUCCCUUGAUCACCAGACCAUGGCAGCUGCAUUUGCUGCACCAGGCCUAAUCUCAGCCUCUCCCUAUGGUGGAGCCCAUGCCUUCCCCCCAGCCUUUGCAAUCCAGCAGGGAGGUCUGUCAGUGCCUGGUAUGCCCGGCGCCCUUGCCUCCCUGGGUGUGAGCCACGGAGGCAUGGCGGCAGCAGCAGCAGCAGCAGCUAGCCGUCUCGGCCUGCCAGGGCUUGCUCCCACUGGGGGUAACAAUGUCUUGCUGGUCAGCAACCUGAACCCUGAGAGCGUUACGCCACACUGCCUCUUUAUUCUUUUCGGCGUGUAUGGCGAUGUGAUGAGAGUGAAGAUCCUGUUCAAUAAGAAGGAGAAUGCUCUGAUCCAGAUGUCUGAUAGCACACAGGCUCAGCUAGCUAUGAGUCACCUGAGCGGCCAGCGUCUUCAUGGCAGGGACAUGCGCGUGACGUUUUCCAAACACACCACAGUGCAGCUGCCCAGAGAAGGCCACGAGGACCAGGGCCUCACAAAGGACUACAGCAACUCGCCACUUCAUCGUUUCAAGAAGCCCGGCUCCAAAAAUUACUCCAACAUCUUCCCUCCCUCUGCAACACUCCACCUCUCCAACAUACCGCCGUCUGUGGUGGAGGAUGACCUCAGGAGGCUUUUCGCCAGCUCAGGAGCCACAGUCAAGGCCUUCAAAUUCUUUCAAAAAGACCGGAAGAUGGCCCUGAUACAGAUGGGCUCAGUUGAGGAGGCCAUCGAGUCCCUCAUUGAGUUCCACAACCACGAUCUGGGAGAGAACCACCACCUUCGAGUGUCCUUCUCCAAGUCCACCAUCUGAGUGCCUUUUCUUCCUCCCUCCAAGCCUGAUUCCACCUGAAAGCUGCGUUUUUCAAGGUUGCCUUCAGUGGGAAACGGUCACCAUUACAUAUUUAUGGCUGUGGUUCUUUGUAGAAUUUUGCCUCCCCUGGCUUCCACUCUUACUUAUACUCCACCAUUGAGAGUUUUAGCAUUUUGACAUUUAAUUCUACUUUGAUAUCAAGAAAAAGACACGUGGUAAUUUGACGUGUUUUAGUCCAAUUAUAAUUGUGAAUAUAAUCUGAGCUUUUUGAAUCCAGGAAUCCAUCCCUCGUCAUUACCAGAGAAGUUACAUAAGUCCUUUUGUUCUGCAGAAAUUCAUGGUUUGAAACUGAAGCCACACCUGCAGCUGGCUUCUCAUGCGUGUAGUAAUGUGGACAGUAUUCACAUUUGCAGUGAUACAAAAAAUAAGAGUCCAAAUCUUGCUCAUGCUUUCAAAAAAUCUAAUUUCUUAUUAGAUCUCUAGCAUUGAAAAGUUGAAACGACUUAUUCUUUGUUAACCUCAAUAGUUUCGUACCCGGGGGUCUCAGGGAACGGGCAACAUUCUGCAAUGAACCAUGUUUUUAUUUUGGAGGGCGAGCACAGGAAGCCAGUGAACUGUCACUUUAGACCAAAUUGCUUAAAAAAAGAGACACCCUCCACCCUGGAUGUAUACUUAUGUGGAUUAAUCACAUCCACACCAGACACACUUCAGCAUUCCUUGUACUAUGAUAGUCGUGUGGAUAUAUGUGUGCUUUUUUUUUUGUUUCUUUCUUUCUUUCAAUACCACUUUGAACCUGUUUGGCCAGUCAGAAACGGUUUGACACAAAGGAUUUAGUUUCGGCUCACAGCAAUUUAUUUCCUCUUUCUCCCUUUUUUUGUAGAUUUUUUUUUCCCUGUCUCGUUACACCUUCCCGUUUGCUUCAGGGGAUCCAUACCACUAUCUGAAGUUACUCAAUAAGGACACAGUUUUACUUUCGAUGCCUUUAUCUACAGUCUUGUGCCUUACUUUGCCCUAAAGCCUGGUUGCCUAAAGUGUUGCUCUGGCUUCAUUCGGACAGGGCGUGGCUCCUGAAAUGCCUUCUUUUUAAAGCCUUUUGGUGUGUACCAGCAUUGUAAGAACACAGGAAGUGGCUCAUUUAAUCCUCAGUUGUUUUCUUAAAAAACACAAAUGUUUAUCUUUAGGUUUGUAUGCAUAUAUCCCCUUUUUAUGUAUGUAGAAUCUAUGAAUGUAAGUCAGUUAGAUGCCUAAUAUUUUACUAGGUGGUGUAGCUCUGUUAGAUGUUUUGUGGCACGAGUCGAGCUGUAUCCAGCCCUCCUGACUCGCAGUCCCCUCUCACCUCUAUUUAGUCCUAUGUCAGUAGGGACAAUGGUGUUUGGGGCUUCAUUUAACCAUAUUAUGUUCAUCUGUAUGUGGACACAUAUAUAUUCAUUUAUCUUUUCUUUAAAUGUUAGCAUCGAUAUGUGUAUCACCUCCAAGCUUAACUGAUCUGUGUGUGUAGUGACUGGGUUUAAUCAUCAUCAUCACAGUGCCUUGACUCCUUGAGUUUAUAACACUCUCCGGCCGGGUCAGUUGACUUUGUUUACCUCUGGUUCAGGUGUUUUAUCAUACCUGUCUGCAAAGAUGCCUUUAUUCCAUUUCUAUUCAGGUAAUCGUACCUGUGAGAGGGCAGCUUGGAGGCAUUUGUCAACAGAAAGUACCAACAGGCUUGGACUGUAUCGAUAAAACCCAGCUUAUCUGUUUUUUCCUUAAGUUCAAGAUAAAAGGAUUUCGGGGUGAGAAAAGCCUUCACCCACUCCCUGUCUGUGCCCACUUACAUCACAGUCAGGUUCUAGUGCACUUUUCCUCAAUGAUAGGUCCAAGUUGGCCACCAUCACGCUGAAGUCUUAAACGUCGUCACAUUCCUGCGUGCCUCAUGCACCAGAGUCCACCACCUCGACCACUGUAGUUUUGGACCACAUACAGACGCGCUCUGUCUCUAUUUUUGUAAAAGAUUAAUAUGCAUGUUGUAAUGAAGCUUCAUGUAGCUACUGACGGUUAUUGCUGUUAAGGACCAAAGUAUCUUCUACCCCCGCUGUUUUGUAGUGUUGAUUUUUCAAAGGUUCCCCCCACAUUCCUGGUAUUCCACAAGGCUUCACUUUCCCUUUUUUUCCUCUGAUCCUCAGAUGCCUUGGACAAAUGUCACAUGAAGUUAAAAUAUCGUUUGAUUUUGACCUUUACUGUAUAUCGUUCGUAUCCCUUUUUGUUUGACUUUACAAAGAGCCUAUACUUUGGUAGAGAUUGCCUUAGAAUGGAUACUUAACUGAACCACAGUCUUAGCUGUGAUGUCGACUGUGUAGAUUAUAUGCCUUUCGAUUUUUGUUAAAAGCUUUUAUUUUCUCUCCUUUUUUAUAUGGGGGCGGGGUGGGGUUAUUGUAUGAAGCGGGGUUGAUGGUUGUACAUAUUCAUGUUUUUGUACCACAAAAUGAUUUGGAUUAUAUCCACUUUACGUUGGAAACAUGUAUAUUUUGAUAAAACAAUACAGACCUAUUGAGCUCUCUGGAGCUGUAAAAACAAAAAAAAAGCCUUUUGUAACACAAAGACAUUAAACCUAUCUGAACACA